GGCAAUAUAUAUUACCAAAAUCGUGGGAUGUUUGGGCGCCGCCAACCAACGCAGCCAGCGCCGGCCGCCCAUGCGACGCGGAAGAGCUCGGUCCAUGUACCCUCGUCUUCGUCCUCCAAGGGCGUCGAGAAGAUGGGCCGCUCCUUGUCCGACUCGUUCGAGCGGCGCGGAACCGCGGUCCUCUCGCCGCGCAAGCUGCACCGGAAGAACUCGAUGGACGUCCAGCCCGCGGCCACCAUCUUUGAGAACGGCGUGUACACGCACGAGGUCGUCGAGACGAUUGGGUCGGACGCCUCCGACACGCCGAGCGCACCGAGCCUGCGGCAGCUCGUGCAGCAGAAGCACGUGCCCGUGGCCUUUGCCAGCUUUCCGUGGAUGGAGCACGUCAUUGGUCUCUACACCUUUGUCUGCGCCGACCGCCUCAUCGUGUGGAACUCGCAUGCGCUGAACCGCGCGCUGUCACUACCGGAAACCAUCUACCUCGAGUACCCGCGCGACCUCGGCGCGUUUGCGACGCAGCAUGCGCGCACGAUCGUCUCGACGCAUGCGACCGAGUACAGCUCGUCCAAGGUCGCCAUCACAGCGACGCUCUUCACGGCCGACGGCUCGGUCGUCGUGUGGCAUGACAUCCAGUCCUCGACGCCGCCCUCGUACACACGAUUGGCACUGCAAGACGGCGAGCACCUCGUGCAUGUCUCGGGGCGGUCCUUCCCGCUCUAUGGCGCAACCUCGUCCGGUCGCAUCUUCGAAGUGACGCUCGAAGAUCGCCGCGUGCACGCCCGCAGUCUUGCGUCGCACGCGAACGGCAGUGUCUUUUCCGGUCUCUUUCGGCUCUUCUCGUCCAAGACGCCGUCGCCGAUCUUGCUCACAAAGGCGCUGCCAUCGUCGUCCGAGAUGCUCGUGCUGCACGUCGACUCGACGCUCGAGCGGCUCGCCAUGACGCCAAGUGGCCUGGAAGACCAGUGGCGCUUUGAGAUGGCGUCGUUCAUGUACAACUACUUUUCCCAACACGAACACGAAGUCCUCGGCUACGCGCGCUGCCUCGACAUGCCGCUGGCGACACCGAGCUCGUUUACGAUGCUCAUUGGCUUCCAAGCCGCGUCCGGCGUCGUGCUCUACCUCUUUGAAUUCACGGCGACGCUCGCCGAGACGCCGCAGUUUCUCCGCUGCUUGCGCCUCGGUACGCCAGAGAGCACCGACAUGGACCGUAUGACGUGCCAUGCGAUUGACGCCAAUAGCCUCUACGUCGUGACGCCGCAGGUCAUCUAUGCGGUCUCGAUCCCGAGCGUCGGUGAGAUGGCGCUCGAGCUGCUGCCGAUUCCGACCUCUAGCUGGCUUGGCGCUGGCGGCCUGCGCGUGCGCGACACCAAGUCGGUCGUGUACCUCGAACUUGGUGCCGAGAGUGACGGCGACGUUCUUGACGGGACGCUGGGCCGCGUGACCAACUACAACUGGCAGCUGCCGUUGACGCCGAAUGCGCCGCCGCCCAAGCGCCUCAAGACCGACCCGCGACAGCUCUUUUCAAGCUCGAACGUCGACGAGUGGUGCACGGUGCUCUUGGAGCAGUUUCAGCAAUCGUCGUGCCACUUAGAGCUCGUCGCCAAGAGCGAUCAAAGCCGCCAGGCGUUCCAUCGCGCGGUCUUGGCGCUCGACAGCGAUAUUUUGGACGCCAAGCCCUCGACGGGCCUCCGCUGGGGCCAAGACGCCCAUGCGCUCACGCCGCAGCUUGUCAAGUACCAGCUCCAGGAGAAGGCGACGCGCCACGCGUCCUUCAAGUCGUUCUUGUCGACGCACCCGGACGAGCUCGCGUCGUCGUUGCCGCCGCAUGUGCGCGCCGAGCUCGACGCGCGCGACGCCAAGCUCCACGUUGCCAUGACGCUCUGCGCGCUGCAAACGAGCGACGACCCGCGCCUCGAGCGCGUGCUUGGCCUCGCCAUGCAGCGCACGGUGCAGUCGCGCGGGUACACGCCCGAAGAGCUUGCGGCUUCGGGCUACUCGGCGUUCGACAUGUUUUACUGCGACCUGACGCUGUUUGACGACCUCUUUGUGCACUUGUUUGCGGACGACGAGUACGUGUGCGACCGCCUUUGCCUGCUGACGCGCCUCCUCGACGCCGCGCACACGUACGUGGCCCAGCACGGUUUGAGCAAGGCCGUGUGGGCGGUCGCGCCGGCAGUGCGCGAUACGAUGCGCCGCCUCUUGCAAGCAGCCCUCGAACAGUCGAGCGACGAGGCCAAUGUGCUAUUGGGCGUCGAGCUCGCGACGGCGACGCUGGUGCCGGCCAUGGACGACGAUGCGGCCGAGAAGUCCGCGUGGCAACAGAGCGUCGCUGUACCGCUUGUGCGCGUGGCCAAGCACGCCGAGGCGACGAUGGCGCUGGUCCGCGCGCUGGACUUUUACGAAGGCAUGGCGUACCUUGGCGCGACCGAGUCGAGCGUGACGAACGCGCGGUUUGCACACUUUCUCUUCCAGUGGCACGCCGGCGAGGUCGCCAACCCGUGGGCGACGACCGACGAGAGCGGCCAGCGCCUCGAAGCCCUCUUUCAAAUGCCGCGUGAGCUCCUCCCGGCAUUGCACACGUUCCUUCUCAACCAUUCGACGCUCUCCAAGCACGCGUGGAUCGUCGCCGUCGAGCUUGGCCAGUUCAACGAGAUGGCGACGCAAGUGCUCCGCGAAGCCAAGGACGAGACGACGUCGCUACCCACCAAGAAGACACUGGCGAGCCUCGCAAAGCUUGCCGCGUACGCCCACGACGGCAGUGUCUCGGCAGCGAGCAACCACGAGCUGGAGCGCAUUCACAUUCAAGAACUCAUGUGCGCGGACGACGCGAGCGUGCCCAUGUCGCCGCACGAGCUCAUUGCGUCGUGCUUGGAGCCAGUGGGCGCCGACGGCGUCAACAACGAAGAGCGCGUGCUCAUGGCGCUCGAUGUGGUCGACUCGCUCGUCGACGACGCCAGCGCGAUGACCGAGUGCCGCGCCCGAGUCUGGCACGCCGUCUUGUCGCACGAUGCGGCGGCGUAUGCGUCGAUGGCCGACGACGUGGUUGGUCGCCCCAAUGACGUGGCAAUGGAAGCGCGCAUGAAGACGCUUCUGGUCCACGCGGUCGCGCGCCGGUACGGGGCGAAGCCGCGAUAUGCGAUGGCGACGCCGGCCGUUGUCGACGCGCUCCUCGCUGAGAACGACGAGCUUUGGCCGCGGGCCGUGAACCGAACGACGGUGCGGACGCUGAUUUUGCAGACAUUGGCGCUCGCGACGGCGUAGACGGCGAUUCGUCGAUCGUACGUGUUGCCUAAGAUGAUUAUAUACCGCUACUCCGAACUAGCUACAA